CCUCGGUUUAAUUAAUAUUUUCGUGGAACCUUAUUGGACGAUUGAGAGUAACGCCACCAUCUGUUUAUAUGGAAUGGUGAACCUACCAUUGACCGCGUUCCACGUUUUAGCGGCCAAACACUAACGGCACGCGUCUAACGGGCCACAUUCGGAUCCGAAUCUUAUCGUAAUCCCCAGCAUCGUUAAUGAACGGGAUCGCGCGCUCGAUAAAAUAAAGAAAAAGGAAGAAAGGAAAGUUCCAAGUUGAUCAGUCAACACACACCCAUGGACGUUGUUUUGCCCCGGCGUACCACGUGUUCUCCUUGGUUCCUCGGGUGCAGUUAUGGUUCGACCUUUGCGGUGAUCGCGUCGGUUGCCCGAUGAAACUGAAACUCGUUCCGUUCUCGUAUUCUUUUUUCGCGUGUUACGUGUAAGACCGUCUAACUUCGUAACGAAACCGGAAGUGAACGUUCGUCGUCGAUCUUCCCUCCAAAAAGUGUGACCCUACCCCAUGGUGCGAUUUGAAUUUUCGCGGGUAAAUUCGACGAGGCUGGAUCGUUGCUCGGUAUAAGGAGUACAGGACGAUAUAAUACUACUUCCGGUAGGACGGUAGAGGAACCUAACCAAGACUUAAUGCGAGGUUCGAAAGUCGGUGCGCGAGGCACGCGUUCGCCAACAACAACAACAACGAGAAGAGGAACAGUCCCCGCACCGAGAUAAAGCGGCUCCACGGUGCCGGGAUCUAUGGAUCACGUCCAGGUGGUUUCUCUCGCGAGGAGCGUGGCGGUUGGAUCAAAGUUUACCCGCUUGUCACCGUCCGCGAUCGGGCACGAGCCGAGAUAAACGCCGAUUGGAAUCAUGAGCGCGAGCAGUUGAGUCGGAGACGCUGCUUUUACGGACUAAGCUCGCGUGUCGCUCGGCUCGGUGCCCACCUUGCAGCCCGCUCUUCCUCUUCUUCUACUACUAUUAUUAUUUCUUCUUCAUCGUGCUCGCUUGCCUCCUGCGUGCUCGCCGAGCGCUGACAAUGGACGGCCUCGUCGAGAUUUUCCUAUUCUUCGGGAUCCUCUACUACUUUUUCAACUUCAGGGCGAACACGAUGGUGGACGUAUUGUCGACUCGCCUUCAAGAGGUCUACGCGAAAUGGGAGAGCAGAACGGAAGUGAAGAGGAACUUGGAACCGUCCAGCAAUCUGUACACCAUAGGGGAUCUUCGUCGAGCCAGCCACCAGGUGCACAAGAGGAGAAUACAAGACAGGAUACAGGCGAAGAAAAUUCGGGAGAACUCUUUGUUCAAGAUAAAAGAGUCCGAGCCGCUGGUUCCUCUGGUCAAAGAGAAGCCCUCGUUCUUGCGGUACUGCUGUAGUGACUGUACACCAUCCUCCAGAGAUUCGCUGGUGCACAGCAUCAACAAACAGCACAUGCCCUUCGGCCUGAACGUGCUCGUGGUGAACCCGGGCCCCACUCUGCUCUCCAAAGUAUUUAAUUGCAUCUCGCACGUCUGCAGUCGACAGUCCUAUGAUUACGCAAAAGUAACGCAAAUGGUAUUGAACGAUGAACGAUUAGAAGAGGCAAUUAAGCUGACCGCGUUGGAAUCGGUGAACAACGAUGGCUGCAGCGAGAGAGAGGCUCUGGCCAAGGCGAAGGACAGGGCUAAAACGAUACUGCUCGAAAUGGAGAGCGGGAUGAGCAAUGUUUUACUUAAAAUCAUCACGUGGCUGCUGUACAAACUGCUGCCUUGCUUCUUACAGUCCGCCAUAGUGCUGCCUUCUCAAAUAGAGAUGCUGAAGACGGCGAACGAGACUGGCCUGCCGUUGAUAUUCCUUCCACUGCACCGCAGUCACUUAGAUUACAUCAUGAUCAGCUUCACUCUGUUGAUAAACAACAUCAGGAGUCCGCUGAUCGCUGCUGGAGAUAAUCUGAAAAUUCCAGUGCUCGGGUGGAUCCUACGAGGUCUAGGCGCAUUUUUCAUCAAGCGCCGGAUUGACCCCGUGUUGGGGCGCAAGGACGUCCUCUACCGUGCCACGCUUCACACGUACAUCAUGGAAAACCUGAGGGCAGGUCACAAUAUAGAGUUCUUUAUAGAGGGUGGUCGAACGAGAACUGGCAAACCGUGUAUGCCGAAGGGUGGCAUUCUGAGCGUGAUCAUCGACGCAUACAUGGAUGGUAUUGUUGAGGACGCGCUGCUGGUACCUGUCACAAUGAAUUAUGAACGUCUCGUCGAUGGGAACUUCGUUAGGGAACAACUAGGCCAGCCAAAGAAGAUGGAGACCUUCAGGUCCACCGUGAAAGCCAUGUGGGACACUCUGAAGGGCAACUAUGGUAUCGUUAAAGUCGACUUCUGUCAGCCAUUUUCUCUCAGGGAGAUGUUGAAGUCCUUCCAAGCCCAGCAAAAUAGGUUGACCGUUGACAAAGCGUCGCCAACCGAGAAAACCUUGAAGUACACAAUGUCCAGUUCGUCGCUUUAUGGCACAGACGUCAUCAUUGAAGAGCAUCGACAAUUAGUAGAUAGCAUUGCACGACAUGUUGUAUAUGACUGCUCUAUGUCAACACCGAUCAUGUCCACCAAUGUCGUCGCGUUUCUGUUGCUAAAUAAAUUCCGGGACGGCUGUACUUUGGACGCAUUAGUCGAGGCAUUCGACUCGAUGAGGCAGGAAUUGGAACUUCGAGACAAAGACAUUGCUUUCUGCGGGGAGAGCAUCGAUAUCAUCCACCGUGCUAUGGAGAUUCUGGGACCAGGUCUAAUCCAACAGCAAAGGCAAGAGAUCACAGAAGCGAUCGACGGCCAACCGUUCAAAUCAGACUUCAUCACCGCAAUCCGUCCAGUAUCAAUUUUACCAAACGUGAUCGAGCUGUCUUACUACAGCAAUGCGCUGCUCACGUGUUAUGUUAUGGAUAGUAUAGUAGUAACGGCUUUGUAUGCUGAAUUGCAGUCACAGAUCAACGAUCCAGUAGCGACUGCUCAGAACAAUAUCACAGUAUCCAAAGAUCCCCUGAUUCAGAGAUCGCUGAAACUCUGUGAUAUCCUUAAAUACGAAUUUAUUUUCUGUAAACCGUGUCAGGAACUGGAGCGCGCCGUCAUCGACGCUGUAGAGAACCUCGCGCAUAUGGACAUCAUUACUUUGCAAGAGCAAUGUUGCUUGGAAGAGGAGCUGUGGAGCAGGAGGUUCGCGCAGACGUUUGAUGAUAGUUCAGACGAGGAGUACAUCAAAGAAAAUAAAACUAAGAAUAUUCAGUACAAACUGAAUUUGCUACCGGAGUAUGUGAAACGCAUGGAGUUCCUUCAUACGUUGUUACGGCCGUUGAUUGAUACUUACACGUUCAGUGCCUUUACGCUUAACAAAAUAGUGGGACGGUCGCUCACCGAGAGAGAUUUGGUUCAAGAAGUCUUAAGCGAAUUGAAGACAAACUUGGAUAGGGGUAUAGUGAAUUAUGGGGAGAGCUUGUGUGUUGAUCCAAUAAAGAAUUCUUUAAAGUUGUUUGAGAAAUGGAACGUUUUGGAGUGCCAUCCGCAAGAGAAUAUUAAAAUUUUCUAUCUGAAGGAUGAGUAUGAUACAGAUUCAGCUGUAACCACAGUCUAUGAAACAAUAGCGGCUUUUAAAUGGACAAGAAAUAUAAAUUGAAAAAGAAAAAGACUACCGUUAAUAACUUCUGUAAUGUACUAUUUUUUUUAUAUGGAGAAUUGUUAUAAAGUCUUGUAUAUAGUGGUUCUUAAACGUUAAGUAAGGAUUUAAUUCUAAGAAAGCUGUAUUUUUGCUACGCAUUAGAGAUGUAAAUUAAAAGAAUCGACCGUUGUUCUGUAGAUAGAUCUUUGUAAAUAUUUUUACGAAGUCAUUAUGUUGUACAGUUACAUUUCAAAUUUCAAUUAUUCAUUCUGCACACGUACAAAAACUUGGUAUAUAUAUAUACACACAUAUAUAUAUAUAUGAUUCAUGUGAUACUAUUAUAUAUAUCAGCAUUAGAUUAUUAUAAAUCUAAAGAUAUUACGUUAAUAAAAGUAAUCUUACAUGUUAUUGGUUUGGGUAUCAGUAAAUUCUUUAUUAAUGUUAACGAAAUAUACGGAUUAAGAAGAGCAAAAAUAUUUUUACUGUUUUUAUAUUAAAAAGAAAAUUCAUUUUAUAUGAAAUGUUUACGUCUAAUGUAUAUUAUUAUAAAAAAAAUAAUAAAUGUAAUGAUACGGGUGUUCUAUUUCUAUUAAUACAUUUACAAUUAGAAGCAUGUCAUAUGUACAAUAACUCAAAACUUAAUAACUGACGCAAUUGGAUAGCUUCUUCUCAUACUCAUGCAUUUCUCUCUGUCAAUAAACAGUGCGUCGACUUUAGAUUUCAAGUCUGUUUCUAGAUUAGAUCUAGUCCGUAAUAAUUGUUGAUGUUGCGCUUCAAAUCUUUGUAACUUCAAGUUCAUUUCAUUUAUCAUUGUAUUUAU